AUGAUGCGCUGUUCGUAUCGGAAUCUUGCUGCGAACGCCAUCCACCGCCCGCGACCCGUCCAUGCGCACAGGAAAUGCGCAAACGCCUCCAGACCAAGAUGCCUGGCCACAGUACAGUCUCCCAAUGCAGCAGAUGAGAAGGCACCUCGGGGCACUCUGAGUGUGCCCUCAGAAGCCCGCUUUUCUCCCAUCGGCGUCCAACACCUCUCCUCGCACAUGCACGCCCAAAUCUUCCCCGGCGCAUCCACCUCCCCGCCCCCCGAACUUGUCGCCCUAUCGCGCGACCACCUCCGCCGGCAUGAUCUCCUCGGUAAGAACCAGGACCAAUCGCCCCCGGUUGCCUUCCAUGUCCCCGAACUCCAAGGCACCAGUCUAGACGAGCAUUUCUACAAACUGGGCAUGGACGCCGCCGAACCCUAUCUCAGCAUGGCUAGGAAACUCGCUUUUUCGGCGAGUCCGCCGCCACGGCCAAAAAAAUGGAUCGCGAGGAGUGGGUGGACGAGGUAUAAUAGUGAUGGGAGUACGCAAGAGGUGGAUGCGCCCGACGAGGAAAUGCUGAUUUUUGAUACCGAGGUCAUGUGGAAAGAGACGAGUUUUGCUUGUAUGGCGACUGCAGCCAGUCCUACCGCGUGGUAUGCUUGGUUGAGUCCGUGGCUGCUGGGCGAAUCCAAGUCAGAUCGCCACUUGAUUCCGUUGGGAGAUACAAGUGUGCCGCGCGUCAUAGUUGGACACAACAUCGGGUAUGAUAGGGCGCGGAUAGCAGAGGAGUACCAUAUCAAGCAGAGCAAAAACGCCUUCAUCGACACAAUGAGCCUGCAUGUUGCGAGUAAUGGCAUGUGCUCAAGACAGCGCCCGAGUUGGAUGAAGAAUAGAAAGAGUCAGGAAUCGAGGCAUGAGAUUGCUUCGUCGGAAGAAAACGCGACACUACCACCUGAACUUCUCCACAGCCCUUCAGUUGACCCCGAAGAAGAGCUUUGGAUGAACAGAAGUGCCAUAAACUCGCUCCGCGACGUGGCUAAAUUCCACUGUGGGAUAACAAUGGACAAGGCGCAGCGGGAGUACUUUGGCGAGCUAGACCGCGCUGGUAUACGACAAAGACUAGACGAAUUGCUAGAUUAUUGCGCCCAGGAUGUUGAAAUCACUCAUCGUGUGUACCAAAAAGUCUUUCCGCUAUUCCUCGAAACAUGUCCCCACCCCGUCUCCUUCGCCGCUCUACGUUUCCUCGCUGCAGAAAUCCUGCCUGUAAACGAAACUUGGGACGCAUAUCUACACAAUGCUGAGUCAACGUAUCAUCAGCUCGACGACGCGGUCAAAGAACGACUGGUUGCGCUUACGGACAAGGCGUUGGAGGUGAAGGAGCAGCCAGAAGUCUACGAAAAUGACCCUUGGCUGAGUCAGCUAGACUGGUCAGGCCAGGAGAUCAAGAUGGUAAAAGGCAAGAAGAAAGGCGAUCCUCCGAGGCCGGCUGCCAGACAGAAGAAACCUGGUAUGCCCAAGUGGUAUAAAGACCUCUUUGCCAAGAAUGACGCGCCUAUGGCCUUGACCGUGCGCACGCGCAUCACGCCCAUUCUGCUCAAGUUGGCGUGGGAUGGAUAUCCGCUCGUAUGGAGUGACGUCCAUGGCUGGACGUACAAAGUGCCCCGCGAUGAAGCUUUUGCGUAUACGGACAAGGGACUGAACCCCGUUUCCAUGGACGAAGAAACAAACUUGAAACUCAGAGAUGACACAGAAGCUGUGUACUACAAGAUUCCCCACAAGGACGGGCCGGCAGCGCGAUGUGCAAAUCCGCUUGCCAAGGGAUAUCUGCAGUAUUUUGAAAAGGGCAAGCUGGGAUCUGAAUACACAUAUGCAAAGGAAGCUCUCGAGAUGAAUGCAUCUUGCUCGUACUGGAUCAGUGCCCGCGACAGGAUCAUGUCGCAAAUGGUCGUGUACAACAAGGAGGUGCCUGAUGCGCCGAAGCUCCAAUCUUCGUCUGGCAAGGGGAGGGGGAACAAGGUCGGUUUUAUCCUCCCACAAAUCAUCCCCAUGGGCACCAUUACGCGGAGGAGCGUCGAGAAUACCUGGCUCACGGCCUCGAAUGCAAAGGAGAAUCGUGUUGGGUCCGAGUUGAAGAGCAUGGUGCGUGCACCCGAAGGCUACUGCUUCGUUGGCGCCGACGUGGAUAGCCAGGAACUCUGGAUUGCAUCCCUCAUUGGCGAUGCCACUUUCCAGUUGCACGGCGGAAACGCAGUCGGUUUCAUGACGCUCGAGGGGACAAAGGCAGCGGGCACAGACUUGCACAGCCGGACGGCGGGUAUACUAGGGAUAAGUCGGAAUGACGCCAAGGUAUUCAACUACGGACGCAUCUACGGCGCUGGACUAAAGUUUGCCUCGACGCUCCUACGCCAGUUCAACCCUUCGCUGAGCGACGAGCAGACGAGCAAAACGGCAGAGGCCCUGUACAAGAACACAAAGGGCAAGAAGACGAACCGCAAACAACUCCACGAACGGCCUUUUUGGCGCGGCGGCACCGAAAGCUUCGUGUUCAAUAAACUGGAAGACUUUGCAGAGCAGGAACGUCCCCGGACCCCUGUCCUCGGCGCUGCCAUUACCGAAGCCCUGCAGCGCCGCUACCUGACAAAGGGCGGCUUCAUGACGAGUCGCAUCAACUGGGCCAUUCAAUCCUCGGGCGUCGAUUACCUUCAUCUCCUCAUCGUUGCCAUGGACCACCUCACGCGCCGAUAUGGCCUCAAUGCCCGCCUGGCUAUUACCGUGCAUGACGAGAUCCGCUAUCUAGUUAAAGACGAGGACAGAUACCGCGCGGCCAUGGCGCUGCAAGUGGCUAAUCUGUGGACGAGAGCCAUGUUUAGUCAGCAAAUGGGUAUUAAUGAGUUACCGCAGAGUUGCGCGUAUUUCAGCGCUGUCGAUGUGGAUAAGGUGCUGAGGAAGGAGGUGGAUAUGGAUUGUAUCACGCCGAGUAAUAAGGAAGCUAUACCCCACGGGGAGAGCCUGGAUAUCUUGGGCUUGCUUGAGAAGGGUGAUGAGGCGAGGCUUGAUACUGGCAAGGCAGUAGUAGAACGAGGAGGCGAGGUGCUGCUGCCGAGACCAGAAAAGUAUACACAUACUUAUAUACCGCGUACACCCAUCAUGGCCAGUCUGGGUGGUGUGAGUAACAGUAGUGGUAAGGGCAAAGGAGUCGAGGCUGAUAAACUUGGCUUGGCGUAUCUGAAAGCACAGAUUUCGAGUGACGAUGAAGAAUUGAGGGUUGUCCUAAAGGAGAUGAAAGCAACGACGACGACGUCUACUCCUGGCCGCAGUAGUCCUAAUUUUCCCUGGGUCAAAAAGAAUAGUAGUGGUGAGGCGAGUAAAAACGAUGCUAGUAGCAAUAAGAAGACGAAGACGAAGGCAAAGACAAAAGCCGACGACGAGGAGGUCGAGGAGAUUGAACAAGAGGGGAGAGAGAUCGAUAAUAGGGUUAGGACCUAUGAGCAGCGGUUGUCCCACCAACAAAUGGCACAUGCUACUAGGCCUUAUGUACCGCGAAUCCAUGAUGUGUGGUGGAAACAGCAACAGCAACCGCAGUUUGGACAACAGCAUCCGAGGAGGGAGGGCCCGCGAGCUGCUGUCAGGGUUUAA